CCAUGACUGGUGCAGAGCAAACCCGUCCGGGGUUCGGACUUCUGAACUUGAAACACGCGACAAUGGCGUCUGAUGAAACCUGCAACUUGUAGACAAAUUAGCACAGACCAGAGAAGCGAGGAGAGACUAGGCGACUGGGCAGGACCGGAGAGUGGAGAAGAGUGGAGACACAAGCACAACCGUCUGUCAUGUGAGACAGACGUGCACGAGAGCGAGACAGAGCUAAAACAAAGGAGAAUGGAGGCUCUCAUAGCCUCCUAUGGUGACUCUUCUUCCGACUCCGACGCGUCGCCACCGAGAAGUAAACAACCCCGCCAUAAUAAUUCAAACACUGAAGAACAAUCGAUCUGUUUGCCGCCACCUCCUCUGGCUCUCCUUGACCCACCUAAUUCACUUGGCUACUUAGAAACUGAUCAUGGAGGUAGAGAGAGGAGCUUCCCGCGUGUCGAAGGGAACUUUGCUUUACAUGUCUUCAUCCCAGGUUCGUUAUCACUUUUCCU